AUGAUCAUCCAAGAGUUGUGGAGACGCCAGAUUGAGUGGGAUAGCGAGCUGCCCAAUGAUAUCCUCCAGAAGUGGCAAGGUUGGAAAGAAGGUUUGAAAUCCUCUCAAACGAUCAUGAUUCCCCGGUGGUAUGGCUUCCACCGCGACCGAUGCCUAAAGGUACAACUACACGUGUUCUGCGACGCGUCAGAAAUCGCUUACGGAGCAGUUGCGUAUUUCCGUGCGGUGACUCGUGGAGAUGUCAAUGUGAGCUUUGUUUUAAGGUUUCUGUCAGAGGUCAUUAGUGACAGAGAACACUAUCAAACUGUGCUAAAGAGUUGGUUAGAUACAGUCAUCGACCCUAAUUUGCGGUGGAUAAACUGUUACCGAGCUUCUGAACAUGGCUGGAAUGCUUCCAUAUUCCACGCUCGAUGCGACUUCAAAGGCCCUUCGGUGACUCUUGUCAGAGUAAAGAACUUUGUCUUUGGAGGAUUCACAGAGCAGGACUGGGGAGGUUCUUCUGGACCAAGGAAAAGUCGAGACUCUUUUUUAUUCCUGCUAAGUAACGACAAUGACAAGGAAUUAGCAGUGAAACUUGAUAUUAAAAACUCUUCGCUUGCAAUUCACAAUGAUCCUUCUUAUGGACCAUGGUUUGGUAACGGCGACUUAAUUAUCAGUGACAUGGCUGCGUAUAAUAUAAACUCUAGCAGUAAUCUCGGUGAAGCAUACAGCUUACCAGAUGGAGUUACCUACGGUAGCGACGAAGCCGGAAAUUAUUUAGCCGGAAGUAGAUAUUUUAUGCCUAAAGAAGUGGAAGUGUUCCAUGUGGAAUGCUUCCACCCCCUUGGUAUGACAAAUGGUGAGAUUGCCAAUGGUCAGAUCACGCAGGUAAUGGGUAACUAUACAAACAACCAUGCUCCAUGGCAAGCUAGACUCAACAAUUCUCCGGGGAAUACCUGGAUUCCAGAAAGAAAGAAGGCUAAGUUGGUUGUAGACUUGGGUUCUCUUCGACGAAUCCUUGCCGUAGACGCACAUGGUAAUAGAAAUGCAAGCAAUCCUAGGUAUCCAACUAACUUCGAAUUUUCGCAUGACUCUUCAAGUCAGGGCUGGACAUUAUUUGUGAAGGUUACAUUUCGCAGUAAAGAAUCUGCCUUUCUUGUCAGCAGGUUCUCAUCGUGGUUUUUGCCUACAGAUGUUUCAUUGUGGAGACCGAUCACGCAGGUAAUGGGUAACUAUACAAACAACCAUGCUCCAUGGCAAGCUAGACUCAACAAUUCUCCGGGGAAUACCUGGAUUCCAGAAAGAAAGAAGGCUAAGUUGGUUGUAGACUUGGGUUCUCUUCGACGAAUCCUUGCCGUAGACGCACAUGGUAAUAGAAAUGCAAGCAAUCCUAGGUAUCCAACUAACUUCGAAUUUUCGCAUGACUCUUCAAGUCAGGGCUGGACAUUAUUUGUGAAGGACCUCACCUUGGACGAUGAAUCUUCAAUCAAGCGUUUUAUCUUUUUGCCAUCGGUUGUAACACGAAAGCUUCUGGUUCACACCAAGGAUUGCCACGUCGAAUGUGCGUUUGCUAUGGAAAUUUAUGGAUGUUCGGCGGGUUCUUGUCAAGAAGAGCUCCCUAUUAAAAAAUUCACAGCUUCUUCCUUCGCGCCUUCUCACGAACCGAGCGUAGCUCGUUUCAACUCUUCCUGUUGGAAACCCAGUGGUGCGGCCAAUGGUACUGAAGACUACUUGGAGGUUGACUUGGGAAUGGUUAAGGCUUUAAGUGCUAUCACAAUGUUUCCGAAAAUAAACAUUCAGUUCAAUCUCCUGUACAGUACGGAAGGUAUCAGCUGGAAGCACUAUCCAGACCUCAGCGGUUCUACAAAGGUGUUUACAGUAAAAGGGGUGACCACUGUGAGUAUUAAGCCUAUGGUACAAGCACGUUUUCUUCGAGUUUAUCCCAUCAGAAAUGACAACUGUUUUAGAAUAAAACUUAGUGGCUGCACAUCUUUCAAAGGAACAGAAGCUUCCAAUAUAAGAGGAAAAAUUUGGGAAUGUUAUCUGUUGGAACUUCACUCGAUAUAG